AGUACCGACUACUAACUUUGAAGUGAUUAAUUCGAGGCUUCAUUAUAGCCAAUACUACUACUUUAAUAGGUAUUAUAACAUAAUAUUGUGCACUUUGUAUGCAAGUCAGCUUAUUUAUUUAUUUUUAUAGUGUAAAAAAACUCAAGUGAUUAUAGUGACUUAUCCGGAGUAUUCUAAACUCUAAUCAGACGGCACAUUUGCUCAUCAGUCAUCACGGCCUAUCCUUCGCAGACACAGUGUCUUUCUGCUUUCCGUCAUUUUGAAAUAUUUCCAUUUGGUGUCAUGGCCAUACUGCUUAAACCAAACCACAUUAUCACAGACUAGCUGCAGUAGCCAGUAGCAGACUGCAGAGCAUACAUUUUGAUUUUCAAUCAUAAUACAUUUUAUUUUCAUAAUAUAAUAUGUUUUCUUUCGGUUCAGUAACUACUAGUUUUAAAAUAUCAACUUCGGUGUAUUGCACUGUACACAAGUUAUAAGUUACAUUGUAUUUGUUCAAUUAUGAUCAGCGAUUGGCGAACACCGACGUUGGCCACGGUACAACGACACUGUGAAUUGUUAUAGAAUAGUCAAAAUUCAACCACAAGUAUACAAAAAUGAGAGAAUACUGCACUUGGUCGUGCGGCUUCAACAAUAGCAAUAUCAUUUUUCUGGAUUCGACGUUUUCCGUUGUUUGGGCGUCAGAGAGGAUGUAAUAACCGAACAACUGUAUUCAAGUGGUGUAGGUUUCUAGUAACUUCGAGGAAACUGCACAAUGCCAAAAUGCGGCUUGCACACAAAGUAUUUGCCGGCGACUUUCGCAUGGAUACUAUUGCUCGGUACAACGGGUGCCUUUUUUUAUUACCCAUGUAGAUUUUUUGCUCAAAAAUAUCCAUGGAUACCGAUCGCCCAUGCAGUUAUAACGUUUUUUGUCAUAGCUAAUUUUACAUUGGCUACUUUUAUGGAUCCUGGAGUUAUACCUAAAGCACCAGAAGAUGAAGAUACUGGCGAUGACUUCCAGUCUCCACUGUAUAAAUCUACAGAAGUAAACACUAUACAAGUGCGAAUGAAAUGGUGUGCUACAUGUAGAUUUUAUAGGCCUCCAAGAUGUUCUCAUUGUAGUGUCUGCAACUGUUGCAUAGAAACUUUUGAUCAUCAUUGCCCUUGGGUUAAUAACUGUAUUGGGCGUCGCAACUAUCGCUACUUCUUUUUCUUCCUUAUAUCACUCAGCAUACAUAUGGCAUCUAUAUUCAGUGUAUGCUGUUUGUAUGUUCUAGUCCACAAGGAAACAAUCGGAGAUGUCGAUACAUUAGUUUCGUUAACAUUAUGUGGCUUGGUAAUUGUUUUAUUUAUACCAAUAUUUGGUUUGACUGGAUUCCAUGCUGUACUAGUGGCACGUGGUAGAACAACCAAUGAACAAGUUACUGGUAAAUUCAAAGGAGGUUACAAUCCAUUUUCACAUGGUUGUCGCUUGAAUUGUAUAUUUAUUUUAUUUGGACCUCAAUUUCCUAGUUUGUUAAAAGUGAAAAAGUCUAAGUAUCAAAAGCAUAAAAAACAAAUUCAAAACAGUUUUAAUGUUCCGCCACCGUUGUUAACUAAAGAAGAAAAUUGUGGGCCACCAGUUGCCAAAACCUAUUUGGAUAACAGUAAUGGCUUGCAUCAUUCCUCUAAUAGUUAUAAUAAGAUGUCUCCCGGGAGAGAUUGUCCAGAAUUGGAUAUUGAACUGACUGCUUCUCAGUCUCAAGACUGUGAGCCAACUCCACCACUACAACGGCAAGGAUCAAAAAAUAAUUUUUAUUUGCCAUCGUAUGAUACAACGGAUAGUACUAGGAUGAGUUACAUGACACGCACAGCCCCUCAUCCUACUAGGCCACGAAUGGGUGAAAUUGGUAGCAGUCUUUCAAGAGAGACCAUGUUUGAUCAAAACCGCCAGCCAAAUAUAGUAAUGCAAAGUCCGACUAUGCAACAGAGAAUGAAAGCAAUCGGAGUACCAACGCCUUUGACCAUGUCCAGUCCGUUAAGACGAUCAAACCCAGGAACUCCUACUCAGAUCAAACGCCCAGACUUCAUAGGAGUUGGAACGUCUUCAAAGCACUACGACUACCAAGAACGUAGCCCUCAGAGGCGUUUCCUGUCUGAAGGCGAUAUUUUGCGUGAACACGACAGACCCCCAUCGUAUCCACGUAUAAACAACACUGUAGACAACAUCCAAGAGUUAGCGGGAUCACCUCAACGCGGUGUAUACACGUGGAAAGACACUCCUGGAACUACCGGUUCAUACUAUGUUCCUAGACAAGCUCCAUCAUUUAACUACUGCGCGGCUCAUAACGACUAUCGAUCUAAUCCGACCAGUCCCACUACUAAGAGUUAUUAUCCCGUUCGAGGCGGUGUGCCAGUAUACCCCCCACAACCUUCGCCUGUAGGAAAAAAGAAGCCUCCCCCCGUGCAAAACAGAAGACCAAUGUCUUUUGCCAGAGCUUUAGAUCACGAUAAUAUGGAAAUGUCAAUUAAUAGAGGAAAUAACACUGACAGCGGGAGCCCUGAUAGAAAAAGUGCGUACGACAAAAACUAUGAGAUAUCCGUGUAAACGUGUUGUUUCCAAAUAACUUUUUGUAUAUUAUUAUGUUAGGUUAUUUUAAGUUAUGUGCAUUUUGUACAAACUAAUGUUGAUUGUAAAUAUAUACAUUUUUUUUUUUAAAUAAAAAAAAUUACAAGUUAUUGCCGGUAAAGUCGUGUGUUACAGGGUGUUAAAAAGAAAAUUAUGUUUCAUAGCGAACAAUUAUUAUUUAGUUAAAAUUACAUUUUUAUAUCAUCAUAACUAAAGACUCAAUCUAUGUAUAAAUAUAUGUAUACAUCAUAAUAUAUUGCGGCUAAUCAACUUAAAGAUUUUUGUCAUAGUUAAGCAUUUAAAUAAUAUUCUAAAAUGAUUUACUAUGUACAGAAAUAUAUAUGGAACAAAUCUAAUUGGUUACAAUUUUAAUAAUAACUAUAAUAAAAAUAAAAAUUGUACUAUCCUAUAAUUAUGUUACAAUUUAAAAAUAUUUUUAAGUUCAUGUUUGACGAGUAUUUAUUGUGUAAAGUAAGCGAAGUUCUAAUAAUUUGCCGACACUUCUGUAAGCACCCUGUACUGUUUUUAUAGUUUUUACUAACAUUGCGAAAUUUAGAUAACAAUUGUUUUCCUUCUCUUUUUGUACUUUGAAAAUU